AUGGCCCCUUCCUUUUUAAACUUCAAGGAAUUGCGAAAGAGGUCGAGGGCGAGCUUCAGAACCGAGCGGUCGACCGACGAAUCGAGCGAAGCUGGGAACAACACCACUCCCACCAGCGGCUCAUUGACACCCCCUUCGAUUGGAGCACAGUCAGACCCAGCUUUGAAUCUGCAACUCAAAGACCAACCGCUGCCUCCUCCAGAUGCCGCUAUCCCGAGGCCGCAGUCUCAGCUUUACGCCAAUGGCGGCAAUAAUCGAUAUAGCGUCUCGGGCAUGAUCGGUUUGGGGUCCCCGGUCCCGGGCGGACGAGGACCGAGUUUGCCCGUUUCACAAUACUCUCCUCGAAUCACCAACGUGGCAGACAGUUCGUGGCAGGUAUACCAAAAGGUUCUACUCAUCCACGGCACCAUUGGCGAACCAUUUCACCAAUCCCUAGACGGCACGGUUACCGUGAGCCGUCCCGACGACAGCUUCCCCCCAAUAUCAUGGCCAGUGCACAACUCUUGCUUCAAGGCACUAGUGUACCUGAUGCCUGGCGCCAACCGCUUGCGGUUUGACUUUUCUAGCCCAAAGCUUGCCAACAGCGGAUCUUCCAACCCUAUCCAUUCCUCCCACCUAACAGUUCACAUGAUACCGCCUGUCGGCGCCCCUCCACUACAACUAGCGAUCAUGUUGGCAAAAGACUCCCCUGGCACCUUCGAUGCCGUGCCAGCGCGGACGGAGAGGGAGGGGAAUGGGCUGGAGACUGCAGUCCGCAAGUUCCGCAUGUCUGCUUACCUAUGGCAGGCGUUCACAGCUGAGCAGAUGUCGCGCAACAAGCUUGGCCGGCGCGCUUUUAGGUUUGAAGAGGAAUGGACCACGGGCGCGGCAAACCACCGAGACAGGGAGAACGGUUUCCUUCGAUCCGAAGCACGGGUGCAUAUUAUUCGGACUGAGAAGACGGUGGCUGAGCUUCGGAGUCUCAACCUGGCACAGCAAAACUCGAAGGCCGCAGACGCAGGGGGUCUUUACGGUAUCACGGCAGAUGCCGUGCGUGAAUACUUCAAGCCACUCCCAGGCCAGAAGUUGUACGUGUCGGUUUUGCUCCUGGACGCGCACUGGGACACGCAAGCCAAAACUAUCGUCGGACACGCCGCACUCGGGGGGCGGGCCGGCGAUCUGCAUCUGGGCAUCUUUGGGUCGCACUGCCUCCAGAGCUACCCAACGUGCUUCGAGGAGAUAGUGCCGGCCUUCACAGACUGUACGCCGACCGACACCAGCCACGUUGGCAACGACUGCAACGACGCCGGAAGCUCUUGGGAGGCAGCCAACAUUGGGAUCGGUGCCCAUUUGCACGAGACAGGCCAUCUCUUCGGCCUACCCCAUCGAGAAAGUGGCGUCAUGCUCAGAGACUAUGUCACCCUCCACCGAACCUUCCUCACCCGUGAAGCGUAUUCCACCCGAACUCACUCAAAAGGCGGCCCUGUCUCCCAAGGAGACGAGUGCACUUGGCAUCGCCUUGACUGCCUUCACUUCCGCAGCCACCCCUGCUUCCGCCUUCCGAAUGACCCUGUCUUGAACCCAGACGACAGCGUCCAGGGUUGGCCAACGGAGGGAGGCGCACUCACCGUAACGGCCGCCACGGGGGUAGCCUACGUCGAGCUGUAUGGCGAAGGUGACGACGUAUGCCACGCAUGGAUUGAGUACCAGCCCGAGAACGGCGGGUCAGUCCAACGGUCCAUCUCCCUAAACGAGCAGGACUUGCGCGGGAGACUGCCAGAGGCGAAGAGGAAAGGCCGGUUGCGGGUCACAGUCAAGUCCUACGGGGGUGGCGUGCUGGAGGUGGAUGACUUUAACAAGCUCUGUUCCAAGGAGGCCGCCUGCGUGCGAAUGCCUAGCGCUAUGCCCGGCUUGCCCAAGGCGGCGUUCAGGGGUAAAAAGUUGGGCUUGUCGCAGAUGGAGGGGUCCGAGGGGCACGAGGUCGUGUUCACGAGCGCAUUGAAGCAGGAUCGGGUGCUGUCGAGGGUGUUAAUUUACCAUGGACUGGCCGUGGACGGGAUGGAGUUUGUUUAUGAUGACGACUCGAGGCAGUUAUUUGGGAAGAAGGGUGGAAAAGCGGGCGGGGACGUGUUUGAUAUGGAUAUCCGGCGUGGCGAGUACAUCACGGGCUUUUUCGUCCGCUCCGGCUUUUGGAUUGACGGCAUCCAAGUAUUGACCAGCUUGGGCAGAAGGAGCCCGCUGUUUGGGAACGCGCAUGGCGGGGACCCGUAUGUUCCUCUUCCGUUGUCAUUGGGAUCUUCACUAACAGGUGUCCAGACACACCUUAAUACCCCCGAGAGGCUACAACAUAUGCGGUGUCACAGGCAGCUGCGGCCCUUGGCUUGA